AUGGAGUUUAACAGCACAGGAGGAAUGAGGAGUCCUUUUUCUCCUCGAGUAAGACAAUCUAUCUCGGGGCGAAGACCUAUUGGAAUGGGUUCGGCAAAGAAAAAUAGCAAGUUCAUGCAACAAUCAGAGCAACAAACCGGCGAAAUUGUAUAUAAAACUCCCUUCACAAGUCUGGAAACAUACGGAACACCACUUCCAGUGAUGGUUACAGAAACUCUUACCUUUCCAUCUAGUGAGGUGAGUGUCCGUCUGUCCUCGUGUGGUUGGUGCUGGGCCGUCUGCGGCCGUAAAGUGUUAGCUUGGCCCUGGGACACCUCACUCCCCGCAGCCACCGCUCGUGACCUCACACUGCCUCAGACAGACCUGGCUCACAAAGCUGAUUUAGUAGUUCUGUUCUAUGAGAAUGAUGCACAGUUGCCGUCGUGUAUAGGUGUGUCUCCGGAGGGUGUGGUCCGCUACUGGUCCAGCGUGGGUGCGGAGGGUGCGUCGUGUGACGUGUCUUGUGAGCUGGCCGGCCAGGAGUGUGACCGCCUCAUACAAGCCAAGGAUGGACUGCUGCUGGCAACCACCACAUGCACUCUCGUCAGAAUCACUACCACUAAAGAGGCUCGUCCGUCUGUUGUGUGUCAAACUCUCCGUCCCCCGAGCGGCUGGUUGGGAGGUCUGGGUCGACGGGUGUCCGUACUGUUCUUCGGCUCUAUGCCGGCUAACCAUGAUACGAAACUGGUGAAGGUGGUCCUGCUGAGCAGUCCCCGCGCGGACGAGCAGGUCACGGACAAGGAGUGUGUGGCGCUGGUGGCGGGCGGGCCGGUAGUGCAGCUGUGGGAGGACGGGGACGUGCGGGAGGUCGCGCUCAGGAGACCGCUGUGUGACGCGCUGGCACGGACACACCUCGCGCCCGCCGGCGAGCUGAGCGGGCUGGAGGUGUGUGCGCUGGACGCGGAGCCUCACCCGGCCGGCGGGCUGCUGCUGCUGCUGCUGCUGACGGUGGCCGCGCCUCGCGCUCCCGACGCUAGAUAUGCCCUCGCCCACGUGUCCCUGGAGUCUGAGGAUCGUGUCCGUGUGUUGUCCGCGUGGUGUGUGAGGGGCGCACGCUCCGAGACUCCGCCCCGCUGCCUGCCGCUGCAGCCCCCGCUGGUCUACAACAGCGACGCCAUCAUCGGAGUCGCUCCGUCGGUCAAGGAUCAGCCGGACGUGUUGGAGGUGUCGUCGGAGGGCGACUCCAUCCUGGUGGCGUGCCAGGCGGGGGGCCGCGCGCUCGUGUUCACCAGGAGACACGGGGUGCUGCUGCUGAGGACCGCCGACCACGCCGGACAACAACAUGCACCUUGUAUUAAUUAUUCUUCUGCUCCACCUCGCCGCAGGUCCCUGUGCGACACUCCGCUCGGCUCACCGUGUCCCUCGGACGUGCUGGACGGGAACUUGACGCUGUACGAGAUCGAUCCGAACGAGGUGGUGGCCAUAAGCGGUGACGCGGUGGGCAAGUUGAAGAGCGCGUUCCUGUACCACGUGCGAGGGCAGCAGGCGUCCGCCGCCGGGCUGGUCGCCGAGCUGGCCGGGAGACUCGACCCCGCCGCCACCGACCGACCGCUGGACCGGACCGUGCUCAGCGUGCUGCGGGAGAUGAUGGACGACGCGCCCGCCGGGGACCCGAGGUGGAAGCUCCCCAGCGGCGCGGCGACCCGCGUGUCCCUGGGCAGCUCGUUCUCGCUCCAAGCGGCCGCCCAGCUACACGACAAACAGAAGGUCUACAACAUGUUCUUAGAAUUCCUGAGGAGCCGCGGACUGUGGCGCCGCCUGGGGACCGUCACCAGGGCGAGUAAUAAACGCUCCCCCGCAGAGAACGGCGAAGGCGUGUCCAGCACACAGCACGAGGUGUGCGCGCUGGGCGAGCGGCUGGCGGCGGCCCGCGCGCUGCAGAGGCUGCACCAGGCGGGCGCGCCCCUGGUGGACGCGGCGCUGCACCAUGUGACGGCCGGCCUGGAACGAGCGCCCGGCCUCGAAGACGAGCCAGUACUGGAGGCUCUCCGGGCCGGCGCGCUGUCCGCGGCCGACGUGUGCUGGCGCCGCGUGUCCCGCGUGCUGCGCGUGCUGACCGCGCUGUGCUCCCUGCCGCCGCCGCCGCACGACGCCCGCGCCGCCGCCUCACACGCGCACCACGCGCUGGUCGCCGUCAACGUGAGUCCCCGCCCCCCCGCCUCCACCUACCGCGCUUCUCCGCUUCUCCGCUCACCCUCACCCCUCGUGUCUAUGUUCCAGUCGGUGGUGAGCGCGAUGCAGGCGUACCGUUCUCAGUGUGACGCCGCCCCUCCCCGCGCCGCUCCGUCCCUCGCGCCGCACGCCCUGCUGCCAUCCCUGUGUUCGCUGCACACCCGCGCCGUCACUGAGUGUGCCCGCAAGUGUCCGGACGCGUCGCUCCGUUCCCAGCUGCUGGAGGAGGCGUCGUCCCUGGCCCGCUUCAUCCUGCUGGAGGCCGAGCCCCUGUCCGAGGGUCGCACGGCGCACCUGUACGAGAAGAUACGCUCCGACACCAUACAGCCAUACCUCGCGGAGGGCCAGACGGAGCGAGCCGCGGUGUUGGCGGAGAAGUUCAAGGACUUCGAGCUGCUGAUACAGAUGUGUGUGGACAGACACGACCUGGAGAAACUGGACGCGUACAUGGAGCAGUACGAGGAAGAGGGUUUCCCGGAGAAGACGUUCGCGUGGCUGGCGUCCCGCGGGGGCCGUAUGUGUGCGCUGCUGGUGAGGUCGGUGGGGGCGCGCGUCCCUCGGCGCCUGGAGUCCUGGCUGUCCGCGGCGCCCGACCGCCUCGCGCUGCGGACCCUGCACGCGCUGGCCCAGGGGGAGCUCGACCUCGCCACGGAGCUGUUCGCGGAGCUCGCGGAUAACGAAAACGUUUACGUCAACAGGAUGGCGGUGAGCGGGAUAGGGAUAGCUCGGAUAACUCGUGUAUUGAGUGAGACUCAACACAGUCUGUUUCAGACGGCGGCCUCGUUGUCCAAGCUGUGUUCACUGGCGGGCGGGUCGCAGCAGGCGGCCGGCCGCGUGUGUCGAGCGUUCAGCGUGGUCCGACAACACCGCGCGCUGCCCGCCGCCAUUAGCCGCAGAUACGCGCUCGACCAACACGAACCCAAACUGUUCGCUCCCGAGGAACUCAUACAGAUGUACAUCGAGUGUGAGAGUCGCUCGCUGACGGAGUACGACUACAAGAAGGCGCUCGACCUGACGGAGCUCGUCACCGACCCCGAGCGGAGAGACGACCUGCGACUCAAGGUGUGGUGCGCGUGUAUCCGGACGGACGACUGGUCGCGGGCCCGCGUGGACGCGCCCGAGCUGGAGAUGAAGGACAAGAUGUUCUUCAGACUCCUCGACCUCGUGCACCUCAUGGGACAAGCGGGUGGUGUCGGUGUUAGUGUUAGACUCAUAUAUGUGACGGCCGCAGGUGGGGAGCUGGAGGUGCUACUGCCGCCGCUGGAGGUGUUGUUGGCGGCGCCCGAGAUGGAGGCACUGGCCGACGACCCGCGCGCACUGUACCUGCUCAAGUACGGCUACCAGUGUGUGGCCGCGCAACACGACGACCAGUAG